UUUUGUUGACAUAACCUGUUACUUAAGGUAGAAACCAUAGGUACCAAGAGAUGUAAAAGAUUAAUUCUACAAGGAUUAUCUGAGAGGAUUAUACACGUUCUUGGAUUACCAAAACUUUAUUCUUCAAAGAUGAUGUUAACUAGGCUGAGAAAGAAGAAACUAGUUGAAACUGAGGGUGUGGAACCAGCAACUAAAGUACAGAAGACAGAUGACGACAAAUCAGAUGUCCAUGACAGUAGUAGCCAUGACAACAUGAUUCAUGACACAGCAACAGAUAACCAUGACAACACAGAACCACAGAAAAAUGUAACUACAGAAGUUGUUUCGACACCAGACGUUAAAUCUCCUUCUAUAAUAGACACAACUCCACCUGUAUCCACCAAAAGUGACAUUCCAACCACAAUGGCUGACCAGAAAUGUACAGAUGAUGAGAAGUUACGACAAUACCUUCAUCAGACAAAUACAGUAGUGAUCUACCCAGAAGCAGUCAGUGAUGGGGAAGAUGGCGACAAUGAUGAUGAUGAUGAAGACAAAGCCAACACAUCACAAGAACUUGAAAACUGCUUCAGUAUAGAUGAAGACAUCGUCCUGAAUUGUGCCCAUUGUGAUUUGACAUUCAGCAGAUUCAACAUUCUACGAGACCACAUGAGGGAGGUUCAUCCAGAUCUACCCAUCAAGUACCUCUGUCCAAAGUGUGAUGAAGCAUUCCUACUCAAGUCUCAUCUAGAUAAACACCUAGCCAUGCAUUCCCCAACAUCACAAUCCUGUAACAUCUGCAACAAGACUUUUGCCAAUGUAUAUCGUCUUCAACGUCACAUGAUCAGCCAUGACGAGAGUACAGACCUACGUAAGUUCAAGUGUCCAGAGUGUGGGAAAGCCUUCAAGUUUAAACAUCACCUUAAGGAGCACAUCCGUAUCCACAGUGGGGAAAAGCCAUUCCAGUGUCCAAAUUGUUCCAAGAGGUUCAGCCAUUCCGGGUCCUACAGCAGCCACAUGACGUCCAAAAAGUGUUGGGUAAUGAAUCAGAACAGAGCUUGUCCAUCAACUGUGGAGUCUGCCAGUUCUACCAUUAGACCAGGGAUCAGUACCACUAUGCACUCCUAUCCACAUCCAAUGAUGCAUUUUGAGCCAAUGAAGCAAGGUAUUCCUGCCUACUACUCACCAGCUGGAGCUAGAUUUCUGCCAAUGUACCACCAUGCUAUCAGACCUGUCAUGACAUCAUUGCUACCACAUACAUUAUCUAUUCAACAUUCCACACCACAUCCAUCCAGUAUGGUAAUGGCCACCAAGCAGAUCUCUCCAGAUGUCAAUUCCAACACAAAAGUUGUCACUGUAGAUGCUAAUGUCACUAAAGAAGAACCAGUCUUUGAUAAGAAAGAUACCACUUCAACACUUACACCAGGACCACAGACAACAACUGUAGAAACGUACAAGUGUAAAUUUUGCUGCGAGAUAUUUGCCAGUGCAGUUGACUGUCACCAACAUGAGAGGUACAUGUGUAAGAAAGAUGAGCAUAACACCAGUAGUAAUGCCAGUAGUGAUGAGAGUAAGACCAACCAGUCCACAUCAUCAGAAGUUAUUACCAGUGAUGAAAAGUCAUCAGAGACAUUGUCCUGCAGAUUCUGUGAUGAAGUCUUCAACAGUCCAGUAAGCCUCCAUCAACAUGAACGCUACAUCUGUAAACUCAACAAAGACCUUGUUCAGCGAAUGAGUGAUGGCAGUCCACGUAACUCACCUAGUAGCAGCAUGUCUGACCAUAGUCACAUUCUCUCCAUAGCAAGCGCCAGUCCAGAGACUGAAUCAGAAGAUCAAGAUGACAAAGAUGACAAUGCCUUGAAUGACAGCAAGAAGUUUCGUAUGAGGUCCUUGAUCAGCGACGAGCAGUUACAUGUCUUGAAGUCCUUCUACAGCAUCAACCCACGUCCUCGCAAGUAUGAACUGAUUCGCAUUGGCAAUGAAAUUGGUUUCCCCAAGAGAGUUGUUCAAGUUUGGUUCCAGAACAUGAGAGCUAGAGAUCGUCGACGUGGCAAAGAGGUUCCAUACUUUCCAUCCAUGGCCAGGUUUAAGCGUGACAGUCCAUCUCACUCCAUCAGUGAUUCUAGAUCGUCUACUCCAGCAAUCCUUCCUGUAGCAGCUCAUGGAGGCAGCAAGAAGAUCAGCAAUACAGCUCCUACAUUUGAACAACCAUUAGACCUGAGUACCAGACCAGCACCUGCUCACAGUAACAGAAGUAGUCCAGCUUCUUGUAUCACACCACCUACUAGUAGUCAUGAAGUCCUUAAUCUGAGUGUCAAACCAGAAAGCCAGCCUAGCGUUUCGUCAAAGCCUGAUAUGGAAUAUGCCAAGAAACUGUUAAGUGACAGCCUGAAAGACAGUAUGUUCAUGAAGACACCACAACACAAGUAUCCAAUGGAUGGUAAACUACAAAGCAGUGCAAUCUACAAGUACAUGCAACAAGAAGGUCUAUUCCCAGGUUACUUCGUAGGAAACCCAACCAUCACAACAGCACCAAGUAUGAUCCAGCAAGCUCCAGUACACACCAGAAUUAUACCAACCUGUGAGCCAGCCAUCAUCACUUCCAGCCAUCCUAUGUACCACCACCAUCACUACAGCAGACCAGACACCAACAACAUAACCAUCUCACUCCAGCAGAAGGUCCACCUUGCCAUCAACAAGAUCCACCAGGCCCGUAACACUCCAAAGCAUGACGAUGAUGAUAGCCAGAGUGACAGCAGCUCUAGCAGUGAUAGUUACCAAAACAGAUCCCAGUAUAACGGUGUCCACUUCGAUGCUGCCAUGGAACAUGCCACCCACAACCUAGCCACCCUUGCUGAAGUUAGCCUAGCAGACCGAGCCAACCUGACCCUCGACAGUGAGAUCAAACUGAAGCGUAUGAGGAAGAAGUCAUGGAGACAGGUAGAGAGAGACUAUUUGGAAUCUGAAGAGAUUCAGCUAGACCUUGACGAUGCCAUGUUAGAUGAAGACCAUCCAUAUCGUAAGAAGCGUCGUUCCUGGAAGAACCACCGUAUGGAAGCUGAUGACGGGUUGUAUGGCUGUGACCAAUGUAAGAAGAUGUUCAGCAAACAGAGUUCAUUGGCCCGUCAUAAAUAUGAACAUUCAGGUGCCAGACCAUUCAACUGUGAGAUCUGCCAUAAAGCAUUCAAACACAAGCACCACCUGACUGAGCACAGACGUCUACAUAGUGGGGAGAAACCUUUCCAGUGUAAGAAAUGUGGCAAGCGCUUUAGUCAUUCUGGUUCAUACAGUCAACACAUGAACCAUCGAUACAAGUACUGUAAACCAACACGGGAGGAAUUUAACUGUAGCAUUUAGUUGUCGUAGUGAGAAUAGUCCAAUAUUGACAAGUGCAAUAAUUUUAAUAUGAACAAUAUUUUGUGCAUUAGUUAUCUAUCCAUAAGUUAGUGGGUUAAUAUCCAAAACUUUAGAAAGGAAUAGAUAUUCAUGUCUGCCAUGAAUUCAGAAUAUUUCUGUUGUUAUUAUACUAUUAGUGCUUAUUGUUAAGAAUAAAUGUUUUAAUGAUUUGAAAUGGCAGACAUAUUUAUAGUCCAGUUGUACAAUAUGAUACUGGAAGGUGUUCAUGUCACUGUCGGACACACGUCUUCUCAGGAAGACAUUACGUUGUUGACCUAAUUUCACUUGUUAAUGAACUCAAUGAUAAUUGUUAAUGAUUCCAUUCCAAACUCCUUCACCAUGUCUCAACAGUUUUUAAUCAAAGGGAGAUAAUAUUGUUAUUUUUGAAAAGUUUGUAUAUUUUUGCUGAAGAAAGUUGUACAUAUUCGUUUUUCUUCCAAGAAACCAUGACAUCAUUUCAUGUUAAAAAAUAUGGGACCAUUUUCAUUAAUACAUUAAGGAAGAAAUGUAAAUUUUGCAUAAAUUUGUUGUCGCAGCAACUUUGUUGCCCACCAAAUCAGUAUACCUGAGAAUUAAUACUCAAUAAAUUGUUAGAAUGGCAAACUUAAUAUGCUUUAGAUGUAUGUUUAUUACAAGUAUUUACUUGAAGUUAGAUUUGCAUGUUUUUUUUGAGAAUUGUAUAAGCUGUAGUAAAGUGUAAAGAUUAUUUAGUGCUUACAAACCUAAUGCUAUGUUAUUUAUUAGUUACUUAACCAAAGAAAUAAAAUAUUGUAGUAUAAACGUCAACUAAAUUAUUUCUAUUUAUAAUGCAUGCAUAAUAUUAAACUGUAUUUAUUUGUGCCAAACAUAAAAAAGAAUCAAAUUAAGAAUCAAAUUGUCUCCACAAAUACUCUGUACAAAUAACAAGAAUAAAUAGUAUUAAAAUCUUAUGGUGCCAAACAAGUUGUUAUGUUCAUUCAAAACCUACAAAUUUGGACAAGAUUGCAAGUUCUGUGCCAAAUACAGUUUUCCACAAUAAAACCAUUUUGUUAACUUUUUUAAACAAGUUUUUUGUUAAUCAAAUACUCAGUUACAUGUAUAAAAAACAUUUUUUCAGAAUCAAAUUUGUAUGAAAAAUCUUAAGAUUUAAAUCAUAACAAGUGUGUCAAAACUUACAAAUUAGGACAAGAUUACAAGUUCUGUGCCAAAUACAGUUUUCCACAAUAAAACCAUUUUGUUUACUUUUUAAAUCAAGUUUCUUGUUAAUUAAAUACUCAGUUAUAUGUAUAACCAACAUUUUUUCAGUAUUAAAUUGUUAAAUAUAUUGUGCCAAAUAUAGUAAUUCUCAAAUUAUGAAUUAGAAUCUUAACUUGAGCAAUCUCAUCUUUCCAGAAGUAUAUCCAUAUGUCAUGGAUUUUUUUAAUACUUAACCACUGCCAAUGAAUUGUAAAUUUUUGUUAUAGAUAUAGGUUUUGUUGAACAAGGAAAUACUAUUAACUGUUGUAUAAAUAAAAUUAACUUUUUGCAGCUGAUAAAGUCCCAGAGUGAGAAUUGCAGAAAUAUAUCCUUUUUAUUCCCUUAUUUUGAAAUUCAAAAAAAAAAAAAGUUCAAUUGAAAAAAAUUCACAUUUAUUAUGUGGAAAUCUAUUGUAUAAAGUAAAAGAUUCAAUUUUUGGCAGCAGCUGUUUUAAAUAAUAUGAAAGGGUGUAUUUCUGAUCUGAUAUAUUUAUAUAUAGCGAGAGUUUUUAGUUGUGAUGGGACUUUUGAACUGUUUGAUAAUUCCUCUUGUGCCAAAAUCUUGUCAGGGCAAAUCCCAGAUAAGCUAUGGUGAAUUCUGGUGUGCCAAAGACUGUCCUGUCUUGUCCUGUCUUGUCUUUGUCGUCUUUUGUGUCAGGUUUAUUUUGGUUAAUAGACUGUAAGUUAACUUAGUUAUAAAUGGAAGUUUCCCCCUUGAUGAUGCAUGAGUGUAUUUGUAGUUAUAAGUUUGAGCUUUGGUUUGAUAGAAAUAGUUUGAUUUGUUAUUAAUUAAGUUCUUGUCUUGGUGCUUGUUCAUCUAGUCAUAACUGGCAGAGCAAAGGUCAAAAUGUGCAAUCUGUGUUGUCAAUUAUUGUUAAUAUAUAUAAACAUAUAUUUGUGUGUUUCUUAAUGUAAGAUUGAAUGUAUGUUUAUAUUUGUGUGUGUGUAUGUGUGUUGGAGGAUAAAUGCUGUGUAUGAAUGGUGAAUGUGUGGUAUGUAUGACCUUAUGUGUAAAAGGAUGAGUGCUUUAAGUUUUCCAUGGCUACUUAUUGGUUACCAUGGUAACUUGACAUCUAACCUAGAUCAGUAUUAUAAUUCAUUGUCUUCCUGUUUUGUUAUUGUUGUUAGUUGUCCCUGUCUGCCAAACGUUUGUUUUAAGUCAUCUAAGAAUUCCAAGUUUGUUAUGUUUGACAUUUACUUUGUGUUCCAAUCUUACUCAACAGUCUCUUAAUAGUUUAAAAUGUGCCAAGGUUCCAUUUAUUAUCUAGCAUUUGUGCCAAUGAUCAGUUAUAAAAACAGUAUUAUAUUAAUUUUUUUUAGUAUAAGUUAAACUGCAACAUUUUUUUUAUGAAAUCCAUUUUUGAAUCUAAACUUCAUAUAUCUCAAUACUCAUUUCGUAUUAUAAUGAUGAUUAAGCUAAAUCAAACUUCAGAUAUUUAAAUAAAAUCUGAGGCUGAUGUCAUUUAAUUACUCAAGUUUUAGACAAGAAUUUCCCUGGUGCCAAUUUUAUUGAUGCAGUAUUAUUUCCAUGAUAUUCUCUUUAUAUUGUCUGUCUGUCUAGUGCCAAUUACUAUAUUAGUUUAAAAUACCCACCAAGUAUUAGAUAUUUUGAUGACCAGUAUUCUUCCAAUGUUCUUUAUUUUGUGCCAAGUUUUUGCUAAUAGUCAGUAUUUGCCGCCAUCUCAGUAUUGCCACAAUGAUAUUAUUAUAUAUGUGUGUGUGUUGUUCUAGUUGUUGUACAUUUUGCCACUUCUUGUCUCAUAGAAGCAUUUAUAAUAGCUUUCAGACAUUUCCUUGUUCAACAAAACCUGUCUUAUAUUGUAAUAUGUAUAAAUUGUAAACAGUACAGUUAUCUUGUUAGGGAGAAGAAAGGGCAAUAACCCUUUGCAGGGAGGAUGACAAAUCUCUGUUGUAGGAAAGGGAGCUAACUCUCUGCAAGGAGGAUGAACAAUCUCUAGUCAAUUGUAAAUAAAAGUCUUAAUGUAGCCAUUUGUUUGUGUCUGCUUUUAAUGUUUAUACAUAAUCAAAUAUUAUACAUGAAUCAGUCAAAUUUCACCAAAUCUUGUUAUUCACAAAUUUUAUUCCAGAAUUGCAUAAUUAGUUCGUCAUUUUGUUAUUAUUACUGUUAUUUUCAUUCAUCUUUUUAUAUUAAACAAAAUCAUCUUUUUUUUAUUUUUAAUCAUAGAACAAAGUUUUCAUUGUAGUCCCACCAUACUUUUUAUCUGCUGAAAAGACAUUCCAGAAUGUCCUUGUUGUAUCUAUAGCUGUUUAACUAGUCCCAGAUUACAUUGUACAAUUGUUUUUAUGUAAUAAGCUGUGCCGUAUCUUGCCAUGUAUAGAACUUAACAGCUGUAUUAUGUAUGUGUUGUUCCUACACAAGUUUUUAGUUCAUUUUGUUUUAAUUUACAGAAAUAAAAGUUUUAAUUUGGUUUUUAAGUAAUGAGAAAAGAUAUUUUGUUUCAUUUUGCUUUAUUUUCUUUUAUUUUAUGGUAAUUUCUGCAAAUAUUAUAUUUGUAACAGAUCUUUCAAGUUUAUGGGAAAAUGCAAUAACAAAGUUUCUUUCUAGUCUUAUGAAUAAGUUCCACAUGCUUUAUAAAUGGAGUUCUGUUUUAUUGCUUUUAAAAAGUUUUAAUUGAUUUAUCAAAUACAUGUACCUGUUUUAUUUUAGUUGAUAUUUUAUUGAUUUUUAUUGUAUAAGGAGGAGAAAAAUACUACAUAAUUAUUGCAAUAUAAUUUUUGUCAAGCUUAAUUCUUAAAAAUUUCUCUCAACAGUAAUUCUUCAAAUUUAAAAAUAUAAAAUAAAAAAAUUAAUUAGUCUUAUGUUGGAAAAUUGACUUCUAUCUAAUGUUGGAAAUGCAAUGUAUUAAUAAUUUUUAAAUGAUAUUUAAAGAAAUGCUUUAAACAAGAUUAUAUAGUUUGAAGCUUAAGUUGUUACAUAAAAUAUAACUUUAAUAAAGAUAUGAUUUGUGAAAUAAAUUAAAUUAUUGUCACAAUGUUUGUGACUAAAGUGAAGAAGCAUAAUAUCUGUACAAAGAUCAUAUAUAAUAUGUGUAGAAUUCUUUAUGUAAUGUUUCUUGCUCAAACGUCUCUUUCAUUGUAUAGAUAUAUGUUUAAAUUGUAACAAUCAAAAUAGUAAUAAUUUGUUCAGUUGCUAUAAAGUAUUAUGUAAACUUGUUUUUAUGGUACAUUGUCAUAACAAGUAGAGUAGAGUUAAAAGUAAAUGAUUACACAAGUUUUGUGAAUUUCAAUGAAAAAAGCUUCUGCUGAAAGUGAUAAAAAAAUUUCCUAUGACUUUGAUAAAUGUUACUGAAUUAUUUGAGUUUCUCAGUUAUAUUCAAAAUUUUAUUCUUUGGGAAAAAAAACUUUUGGUCAAAGACUUAAAUCUCAAUUUUGCUCAAAUAAUAAUUAGAACUAGAUAUUUCUUGUAAAUUUUCCUACAAUAUUCAAUUUAGAUACCAGUUAUUUUUCUUGAUACAAAUUAUUUUUUACCGAACAAUGCUUAAAAUAUCCUAAACCAAAGUAAUAAACAAUUUGAAAAAGAUUUUAUUUACUGUUAUUUAGCAGGAAACCCCUAUUUUUUUCUUGAAUGGAAAUUCAGAUUUUUUAAUAUGAUCUUUCAGAAAAAAUCUAUGCUAAAGAGAUUGUGAAGCUCUCUUCUAAUCUAUUGUAUAAAUAAUUUUAAAUUUUUUGAAACAAAAAUAAAAUGUGUAAUUGUAUUAUAAUACAACUGGUUCAGUUUUCUUUUACUCAAUCAGAUAAUUGAAAUAUCAUUAUUUAAAAUCUUUAAGAUCUUUAAGAAAUCCAGUAAAUACAAUAUAGAUAAUACAAUUGUAACUACCUGUUUAAUGAAAACAUUCUUUUUAAUAAAAAAAUUAUGUAAACUUA